AUGUACCCAUGGCUUCACUAUGACAUUACGCUCGAUGCCGCGUUUUGUCAUGUAUGCAUGAGCGAUUCUCUGACUGAUCAAGGACCGCUGCUGAAAAGUUCAAAGCGUGAUCCAGCCUUCAACACCAAAGGCUUCACUUACUGGAAAGAUGGGACAACUGCUCUCAAGAAGCACCAAACAAGUGACUGCUAUCGGGAAGCAAGCGAAGCACUUCUUCUUCCUAAGCAAGUCUUGAGAGACGUCGGUGAGCUCUUGAGUCAAGCGCAUCGAGAAGAGAAAGCAGCUAAUAGGAGGAUGUUUGUGAUGAUCUUACAAAAGAUCAGCUAUCUUGCCACACAGGGUCUGUCAUUGAGAGGUGAUGCUGAUGACGCAGAUAGUAACUUCAUUCAGCUGUUGCGCCUGCAAAGUAUAAACUGCCCGGAAAUGAAGACAUGGCUGGAGAAGAAAACAGACAAGUACACUUCACACAAAAUUCAAAACGAAUGCAUGCAACUCAUGGCUCUUCACAUUAUUCGAAAUGUAGCUCAGAACAUUCGUGAUAGUGCCUGUUUUACUAUCAUGGCGGAUGAAUGCACUGAUGUAUCUAACAAGGAGCAGUUUGUCAUUGUAAUCAGAUGGGUAUCAGAGGAUCUGCAGAAGGAUGAAAGUUUUAUUGGUCUCUAUGAAGUGAAUAGUAUUGAUGACAACCGCCUUGUUCAUAGCAUCAAGGACGUUCUUUUGCGACUAAACAUAAAAACAUAUCUCAUUGCCGUGGCCAGUGUUAUGAUGGAGCUUCGAACAUGA